CAACAUCUAUCAACAUUGCGAUUAAACCAUACUAACUCAACGACGAAUGCGCAUUAUGUGGAAACAAUGGUUAAGCAAGCGCCGGAAAAAAAAUAUUUUAUCAACACUUCUCAAUGUCGUGUGCCAUAUGUAGAUCCCUUCGAAGAGGGAGUGAAAAAGAUCUUCAACCCGAAAAAAUUCAAGUACACAAACUGCACCAACGACGAAGCACUCAUUACGUCCAACUAUCAGCUGAAUAUACGUCAAUACUUUCUUCAUAUGAAUAUGCCGGCUAUCGAACGUGCAGCAAAACAUCUAAAUGCCAGCGCUUCGGAUAUCCGCUGCUGUUAUCGACAAAUUGUGCGUUUUAGGGAUAAUGACGAUAAAUACGACAUACUUCCUUGCUCAAUAAUCCAUCAAGACUUUGUGGUACCACAGCACAUAGACUUUAUAAUCACGGAAUGCUACAUAGGCAACAAUACCGGAAAACCAAUACAAAAGGACGCCUUUUCGUUCAUACAACAACAGAAAGUUGCACUAACAAACUCGAGCAAUGUACCCGCCAAUACCUUCUAUUUGGAGUCAAGGAAGCCUAAUGUUUUGCUUUUGGGUAUUGACAGUCUUUCGCGAAUAAAUUUUCGGCGAACCAUGCCAGAGACAUUUAAAUACAUGCAAAGCAAUCGUUGGUUUGAAUUGCAAGGUUUUAAUAAGAUUGGUGACAAUACGUUUCCAAAUCUAAUGGCUCUACUUACGUCGUACAAUCCAUCCACUUGCAAGGCAUAA